ACUUGGCACCGGGUCGUCUCUACAUCGGCUGUCUGGAGAACUUGGACUGAAAGAGACGGAGCCUGCAUCAGGGUCUUUAAUCUCGCUUUACGGACCGGAAUGGACGUUUUAGUGGACACCUGCGGACGGGGACUAGCCGGUUCUCUGCUGUUGCUCUACCUUUUAGGGGUGACGGCUGCAGCCGACUGUCCUCAACCACAUGAGGGGGAAAAUAUGGUCCUAACCAACGAUGCCCUUCUAAUGAACGACUUUCUAGACGGUUCUGAAGUUACUUUAGAGUGUCGAAAUGGAUAUGUUGUAGAAAGUGGCUCUGGGAUUAUGACCUGCGUCAAUGGGAAUUGGACUCAACCAAAUCUCACCUGCAAAAAGAAGGACUGUGGUCCCCCUAGACCUCAGCCAAACAUGAGCUUUAAUACCAGCGCUGGUACUCUGUUUGGCGAUACAGUAAAAGUAGUAUGUGAUAAAGGUUUCAGGCUCAGUGGAUCAAGCUUCAGAAAGUGCUAUGCGUUUGGGUGGAGUGGAAAAGCCAACUGUAGUAUUGUAACAUGUGAUAAACCUAGUGAUAUAGCCAAUGGCAGAAGCUCAUGGGAUUCUCAAGAUCAACCAAAAUAUGGAGAAAUCAUACAGUACGUCUGUAAUAAAGGAUACACCCUCAUUGGGAAAGCUAGCAUUGUGUGCAGCGAAACUGGUAGAUACGAUUCUCCGCCUCCUGCAUGCAAAGGUGUGACAACAAAAGCAGUAACGCCAACAUCUACACCUACAGAAAAAGAAACGUCCCCUUCUACAGAUUCAUCUGCCACACCCACAGGUCCCAGUACUAAAUCUGUCACAACCAGUGCAACACCUACUGCCUCACCUUCAGGAGGAGGUGGCAGAGACAUUUUGACAGCUGAGGGUACAACCACGGUAACAUCAGUGACAUCAUCUUUAUUUCGAGACGAGAAAAAAGAUGCUGUAGAUACUAACAAGGACACUGGAUAUAUGCCUGUGGUAGUCAGUGUGAUAUGCGUUACAAUAGUUGCGUGUAUAAUUGCAUUCUUUUUACACAAGUUUCUCCUGAAGAGAAAAGGCUCAUAUGACACCAGAGAAGACCUGAAGCCGGAGUUAUUACAGUUCCAAAAUCUUUAGAUUGCCUGCGUGACUAAGCUCUGCAAAUGGAACCGUGCACAUCUAUUAAAGAGCAUCUCUGAGGUGGGACGUGCCAGAAAACUGAAGAAAGAAACCUCACUUUAAUGUUAUUGCACUUCAAUUGGCAGAUGAUCAAAUCUGUAAAUGUAGGAUAAUUUAAAUCAAGUACUUUUAUAAUAAUUUUUUUAAUGCCAAAUUAUUUGAACAAUUGUAAAUAUGCCAUGCUAUCGUAUUGCUAUUUAGUACAUUAUUUUUGUUAUACACUGGAAUAAACUCUUACUCUUACAUUGCCUUGAGUUAUGAACUAUGACAAAAUUUGUAUUCUUUUUUUGUUGUUGCAAAAACUCAAGGCCAUACGUUCAAGUGUUAUUAAUGUGCUGCUUUGUUAGGACAGACUCAUGAAAAGGUAAUUCAAAAGCAAUACAAUGGGGUUUUAUUCAGUUUGCAGAAAUGGCGACUGAUAAAGAUACAAUCAGCUGCAUUCUUCACCCCCUGAAUUUCAUUUUGUCAUUGUCUAUUCUGCUGGGGCUCUUUUCUCGAGCUGUGCAAAAUAAUGGGCAACCUUCUUUCAUGAGAAAAGAACCUUGUUUACCUUCCAUCAGUGAAUCCUGGAACAAUAAUUACCACAUUACUUCCCAUAUUAUGUCUAAUAUGUUUCUG